AUGGGGGAUGCGGCACCGGCCGAGGGGACGGAGCGUGGGGCUGGCUCUUCCCAGCUCUUCGAUUCCAGCAUGAGGAGUGUGGCAAGGAGACUCAGGACUUUCCAGCGAUGGCCACGCACCUCACCUGUGUCCCCCCGAGACCUGGUCGAGGCCGGGUUCUUCUACGUGGGUCCCAGGGAUGAAGUGCAGUGUUUCUGCUGCGGGGGUGUCCUGAAGGACUGGAGGGCCGGGGACUGCCCCAUAAUAGAGCACCUGAAUUUCUUCCCUUCCUGUAAAUACAUUUGUGGUGAGGAUGUUGGGAACCAAGAGAUGCUGUCGCUCCAGGAGAUCUUUGACACUGUGGAUGGGCAGUUCCUCAGUCUCUUGCAGGGGAUAGUCAGUGAGGAGACAGCCCUGCCCAAUGAACCAGAAUACCCAGAGAUGGUCACAGAGGAGAUGAGACUCUCUACCUUUGAGAGCUGGCCACAAAAUUCUGACAUUCAUCCAGAGGAACUGGCCAGAGCAGGGUUCUUUUACACAGGACGAGGUGAUGUAGUGAGAUGCUUUUACUGUGAUGGAGGUGUGAGGAGCUGGUCGUUCGGAGAUGAUCCUUGGAGGGAACAUGCCAAAUGGUAUCCAGAGUGUGAAUUCUUAUUGCAUUCAAAGGGGAGAGAAUUUGUUAGCAGUGUUCAGGAGACCUUUUCUACCACCCUGCUAGCUCCAAGACGUUCCUGGGAUCAGACUGAACAGGACUCCUCUCCUUCCCAAGAUCCUGUUCGGAGGGAGGCUGGAACAUCAAGAGAAGAAAUGCAGUCUGUGCAGCAAAAGGAAUCAGAUGAGUCUCAGCUGAGCACAGAAGAACAGCUCCGCCGCCUGCAAGAGGAAAGGAUGUGCAAAGUGUGCCUGGACAGAGAUGUGUCUGUUGUGUUUGUUCCCUGUGGCCACCUGGUAGCUUGUGGAGACUGUGCCCUCAAUUUGAGGUUGUGUCCCAUCUGCAGAGCUGUCAUCCAGGGGACUGUGAGGACUUUCAUGUCCUGAGCUGUGAUGCACCCAAAGGGAAAGAUAAGUCUGUACAGCUCACUGAUAACACAGCAGAGGAAGAAAAUCACUAAAUAGAUUGAUGCUGGAGCAGUUUUAUUUGCAGGGUAUCUUGGUAUAUGUGUAAAAACUCACUAAAUGUGCCUCCUGUGCACAGUGUUUCUAGGAGGAGCUGCUGGUUUGCUGUACUGUUGCUGUAGGACUGUUCCAGAAAAACUCUGCUGGGUUCUUUUGUCCUCCAAAGAGAGGCUUUUGUUGACAGACUCUCCUCCAAAUUCCUGUGUUCUCAAAUGAAUCUUUGCUCUGUGUUGAAAUCAAAGGCUGUUUUUAGUAGGCUCUCUGAUUCUUUUUCACACAUUUAGCAGUUGUUUAGAGAUUAUUCUGCUAGAGCUUCCUUCAGUAAGUUUGAGUGAAAAUGGGAGGGUUUUGUAUACAAAAUGCAUUCCAUUGAGACAAGAAUACUCAGCAGCAAUGUGUUGUGGGAGGGGGAGAAUCUAACUUUUUCUUCUGAGCUCUUUCCUGUCCUCCCCUCUUUUUUUGUUGAAUUUUCAACAAUUGAUGAAAGGUUUUACUGGUACUCAAGUCUGCGUAACAAAAUGGAAAAGCCUGGCCUGUAGUAGACUCUCCAACCUCUUUACUCUCAGUUGCCCUCCCCAGGUGAAAGACUCUUUGCUCAGGGUCACUAUGGUCUCCUGGAAGCUUCUCGUGGAGCUCUUCCCUGGCUGUUGGGUACUAUCCUACUAGAAGACAGCUAUGGAAACUUACCUUUUUAGGACUUCUGUUUGCUGGUUAAACUGGUGAUUCUUAUUUAAAAUGGAAUAUUCUAUCAUUUAGCCAAAAAGAGUAAGUUUUGUCCAUACCAGAGGUUGUUAACUGAAGGGGAAAGGAAAUAUGUUUUUAAAAAUAAACUGUUCUUUUUCAUGGAAUAAAAUUUUUCCUUUGUU